AUGUCUCAACACGCAAACUCAUCAUCUUGGACUUCUUUUUUGAAAUCGAUUAGUUCAUUUAAUGGAGAUCUGUCGUCUUUGUCUGCGCCACCAUUUAUUCUUUCUCCCACUUCCUUAACGGAGUUUUCUCAAUAUUGGGCUGAACAUCCAGACUUAUUUCUUGAGCCAUCAUUUAUUGAUGGUGAAAACUAUAAGGACCAUUGUCCCUCAGACCCUAAUGUGGAAUCACAAGAAGUGGCGCGAAUGUUGGCAGUAGUUAGAUGGUUCAUUUCAACUUUGAGAUCACAAUAUUCCUCUAGAAGUGAAUCGAUGGGCUCUGAAAAGAAGCCUUUAAAUCCCUUUUUAGGUGAAGUAUUUGUUGGUAAGUGGCUAAAUGAUGAACAUCCAGAGUUCGGUGAAACAGUGCUUUUGAGUGAGCAGGUUUCACACCAUCCACCUAUGACGGCUUUUUCGAUCUUCAACGAAAAGAAUGACGUUUCUCUUCAAGGCUACAAUCAAAUCAAAACUGGGUUUACUAAAACGUUGACACUAACCGUUAAGCCAUACGGACAUGUUCUUUUAAAGAUCAAAAAUGAAACCUAUUUGAUUACAACUCCGCCUUUACACAUCGAAGGUAUUUUGGUCGCCUCCCCCUUUGUUGAAUUAGGAGGUAGAUCAUUUAUACAGUCAUCAAACGGUAUGUUAUGUGUUAUAGAAUAUUCAGGAAGAGGGUAUUUUACGGGCAAGAAGAACUCUUUCAAGGCGAGAAUCUAUAGAAAACCCCAAGAGCAUAAUCAUAAGGAGAAUGCUCUAUAUAUAAUCUCAGGUCAAUGGUCUGGCGUCUCAACAAUUAUAAAAAAAGACUCGCAAGUUUCACAUCAGUUCUAUGAUUCGUCAAAAACCCCUGCUGAACAUCUAUUAGUAAAGCCAAUCGAGGAACAAUAUCCUUUAGAAAGUAGGAGAGCUUGGAAGGAUGUGGCAGAAGCAAUUAGGUUGGGCAACAAUAGUAUGAUAAAAAAGACUAAGGAAGAACUAGAAAAUAAACAAAGAGCUUUGAGAGAACAAGAACGUGUGAAGGGUGUCGAAUGGCAAAGAAGAUGGUUUAAACAAGUGGACUAUAUGAAUGAUGAUAAAUCGAAUGAUGCAGAAAAGGCAAGUGAAGGUGAUGUUUUUAAAAAAUUGGCAUCCAAGCUGCAGCUCUCUGUGAAAAAUGUGCCAAGUGGGACGUUAAUUGGUGGGAAAGAAGAUAAAAAGGACGUUUCAACCGCUUUGCAUUGGAGAUUUGAUAAAGAUCUGUGGAUGAAUGAGAGGGAGAUUACUAUAUAA